UCUUGGAGAGUGUUACCUGUGCGUCCUUCCUUUCCCUCACAUAUAGACCGUGAAACUUGCGCCCAUACUACGCGUAAACUUUUCCAUAUAUACGAUAUAGCAGUGCAUACGUACCUAUUAUAAUCCUCAUUAUAUUUAGAUUGUUCGGAUAAAUAUUAUUACAACUGGUUUUGAACUUAAAAUUAAGGUGAAAAUGAUAAAAUUAACGAGUGAAAAACUUACUUUAUUUUGUGAAAUCCAUAUCUGAUAGUAAAAGUUGCUGAUAAAAUUUUGUAGAAAUAAAAAAAAAUGUGGAAAAGGUCUGCAAAUGUACAUUAACAACUUUUUAGUGACAAUCAAAACCGAACGUAUAAUUCUUUACAUGAAGAAACUCUGAAACAAAAAUAGAGCCAAGUUAAGAACAGGCAACGGUGGACGUUGGCGGCGAAAAGUCUAAAUAUAAAUCGUCGUGGAAGACAGAGCUCAGCCGGACCAGUAUGUUAAGCUCAAAGCUCCUCCACACCGCUCUUCUAAUCCUCUUCUCUGCUGACAUGUUGGUCGUCGACAGCAAAGUUCGGGGGAAACCCAACCGAAACAGGGUUGACACAGGGGAUAGCGGAGGGGGGAUCUGGGGACAGGACGAAAACUCUCCUCUUCCGAAAGGGCCGCACUUCGCCAAGGACACGCCCAAGUCAGUCCUGGCAGCCGUUGGGGCUCCUGCCCACAUCCCCUGCAAGGCUAGAAACCUUGGGGCCAAAUCUGUGUCAUGGAUCCGUCACAAGGACCUGCACGUCUGGACGGGGGAUAUUUCACUCACGAACGACGAGAGUUUCUCGGCCCACAGAGACCCUUCUUCGGGAGACUGGGUCCUCGUCCUCAGGCACCCACAGCCCACAGACUCAGGCUUCUACGAGUGCUCCAUUUCGACGAAGCCCGUGACCGCCGUCAGUGUCAAACUGGAAGUCGUCGUGCCUUCGGCAGAGCUCCUGGGGGCCAGCAGCGUCUACCUGGACAGAGGCAGCUCCCUCAAUCUCACCUGCGUGGUCCAUUUCAGUCCCACGCCGCCCGAAUUCAUUUUGUGGUAUCACAGGGAUAAGUUGGUGAACUACGGGAGGAGAGGAGGUCGCGAGAUCCAGGUGUUCACUGAGCACAGAGGCGAACUGACAAGGUCGUCUCUCCUGGUGCACAACGCCACGUUGCUGGACUCGGGCAGGUACUCCUGCAAGCCAGCCAAUGCCAAAAAGGUCUCCGUCAUGGUCCACGUCCUGGAGAGUGAGACUCCAGAGGCCAUGAAGACCACGGGCAGCGGAGCUGCCAAAGCACACGAUAAUUUCAUCUUUAGCAUCAUGACCGCCGUCGCCUUCUGUCUCCUCAACUCCUCGAGGGACGACUUGAACUUCCUCAUCAAGGCCAUCCCGUGGUGUCUGCAAUUUCGUUCCCUCUCUCUCUUCGCUUACAGAUGAAAAAAACGAGGAGCUUUUUCGUUCCUGGAAUAAGGCUACAAUCGCAGUAACCGCGAAUCAAUCAGAAGUUUCUAGAAUCAGCGGCUCGUUGGUUGCUGAGUCAAGCUUCACACAGACAAUAAAUAUGAGACUGAGAUAACAGUAAAUAGAUUAUCUGAAUAAUGUAAAUAUUGUGGGAAUCUCAAUGGAAGAAUUUGGAUGCAACUUAAUAUUAGUACAAGAUGGAAUUUUAUAGAUAGGAAUUUUUGGACCAAGAAGUUUUUGACAAUCUAACAAAAGGUGCUGGGUAUCUGCAGUACUUACAUUAGCUUCGAGUUUGUUUGAACGUUCUGUCUUUGUAUUGGUGUAAGCUAUUAAUCUGUUUUAUACCACUCGAGCUUUGGGUAAAAUAUUCGAAAAGCAGAGGGGGAUUUAAAGAUUACUGUCCAAGAUUAUUAAAAGCAGAAGAAAACAUUCAUUCUCUUUACAAACAAAUCGGGUGAAUGGACUAGUCACACUCAAUACAGAGCAACUAAAGUUUUAAAUACUAUGCUUGCACAACUACUUCUCUCAAGAUAUCAUGGUUACUGGGGCCGUUUAAUAUUAAAAGAUUUGUUGAUAUUUUGUCCUUAAGUGUUACCAGUUUGAACAAAUGCUUACGAUAAGAUUUUCAAUUGUUGAACUAAAAAAGGAAAACACAUACAUACAUCAUCUAAAUUCUUAUAAACAAACAAAGAACUCUUCAACAAGGGAGCUGCUUGAGACAUCAUUUGUAAACGUAUAUUAUUUAACAUGUAAGAAGCUAGAGUUUGAUAAUUAGUGGAAAGUUGAAGUCACUUAUGGACCAAUCAAUACAAUAACACUGUUCUACUGGAGAGCUUUUACACAGGGUUAGGCUUCUUUAAGCGAAUGUUCAAAUACAAUAAAAAAAAAAUUCUCACACUUUCAAAUACAAAUGUGUGCUUUACAAGACAAUAUUCUUCCACAUGCCUGACGGAUUAGUAAUUUUGUAAAUACAUUGUACGGUUGAGUUGUGCGGUACAAGGGUAGCGUCAUGUUGAGUCAUUUCAGUGUAAUAUAAACAAAUCAUAAUGAAGUUUCUGUUGUUGUACCUCUUGGUAAGUGUAAGCAUGUAAAUUAUAAUUAAUACGAAUUACAGUUUAUGGUGGACUAAUAAAAAGAAAAAUAGGGAAGAAACACGAGACAUACUCGUAAAGCGUAUAAAGUCUUUCUUGUAUGAUCAAUAGCUAUUACCGAUCGUAAAAAGGAAAAAAAAAAGAUAAUGUAAGGAAGAUACCUAUGACUAAGGCAAUGUUAUGCAGGGACUUGAAACCGAAAAGAGAGAAUGUGAUUAAGAAAAUAAAAAAAACGGGAGUUUUGAAAAGUAAAAAUGUAAGAGAGAGAGAGAGAGAGAGAGAGAGAGAGAGAGAGAGAGAGAGAGAGAGGUAAUUGAUGAAUUGUUAAGAUAUCAAUAUGCAACCGAUUUAUGUAAAAGCGUAUAUCCACUUUUAUAUGAAGUGUGUCUAUGAAUACGUAUGACGUUACUUGUAAAUCACGAGUAGCCCGUAUAAAUAAUUAUCAGCUCCCAGAUUCACGACAUAUCAUACUGGACUUUUUUUUAAUGUAGAUACGAACUUCAAAGAAAGAAUAAAUUUGAAUAACUAUUUUUUAAAGUGCAAAUGGAGAGCAUAUUACUAUUUCAUAUCUAGGGUUCAGACGAAAAAAAAAAAUAUCCAUUUCCGCUAAAAUACUUUUGACCAGUAAUUUGUUUCAUAAACAAUUAACUGUCUGGGUGUAAUAGAUUCAAAUUGUAUUUCACAUUUUCAAAUCUAAGUUAAUUUUUUCUUUUUUGUAUACCUAUGAAAGGGCGAGUCUCUCGCUUCGACAUUGGGUAAUGCAAUAUGAUUAAUUUUCUAACAAAUGGCAAAAGAAUGGCAUUCUCCUGUUUCGUAUUCACUCCAGAGACACCAUCAUUAGUAUGCUGUACUGACAAAUUGAAAUUAAAAAAUAAUAUCAUACUAUAACAGUUUAAACCUUUUAUUUUCACUUUCAACUGGAUAGAACGUAAGUCUCCAGGCAGGCUGAAUACUCAGUUCUUAAAAUAUGAGCCAAACGAUGUUGCAGAGAGUUAAUAACUCUAAACUCUUAAAGGGCAAACAGCGAAAUUAAUUUCCAGUUUCUGAAUUUUAGGAGCAGGAUCUGCAGUCCUAUUUGGGACCCAACGACGUUACUGAAUGUUUUGUUUAAACUGGUGGGCAUGAAGGUUGCCAUUAUAACCAUUUUGUAGUAUUAAAUAUGUGUUGUAUAAAUAUCAUUUAGAAUCAUCGGGGAGAAGACGCGAUUUAUGUUAAUCAAAGUUUGUAAAUGAGGUUCCUUAGGAAUGACAUUUUUGUAUAUCUGUAUAUUAAAAUAACUGUGUUCACGGAGAAAAUAAAUAUUGU